ACUGAUAGACGGCACUGACUGGCAUCACUGCUGGCACUGAAUGGCGGCACUGACUGGGCAACCCCUGGGCACUGAUGGUGGCACUGACUGGCAGCACUGCUGGGCUGCACUGGUGGGUGGCACUGGUGUGUGACACUGCAGAGUGGCACAGGUGGGUGCACUGCUGGGCACAGGUGGGCGGAACUUGCGGGUGGCACUGCUGGGCACCGAUCAUCAGGGCACUGAUCAUCAGUGCCCUGAUGAUCGGUGCCGAUCCCCGCUCUGACAUCUGCCGGUUCUCGGCAGUACUUUACUCACGAUCUGACAGCGUGAGGGAAAUGUGCAGCCGAGAACCAGCACUUGCA